UCUUUGUAAACUUGCUGCUAUUUUGGACUUGCAGUUAAGUGAUGAAACACAAUAUGUUAAUCAUAAUAAAUGGUACUAUGCAAAUGCAAGUGCACAAUUGAGGAGUGCUUCCACUGAAUGUUUUUUUGAAGUUGACUGCAUUCUUAAGAAACAUCUUACUGAAGAAAUGCUUUUUCGAUAA